AUGGAGGCUGCCAGACCCAGUGGAGGUGGAGGGAGCUUGGCUAGCAAGAAGCGGUUUAUUACCCAAGUGCUCACAGGGCCAUGGUUCUCGGUUUUCGCAUCAUUGCUAAUCAUGUCCACCGCCGGAACACCCUACGCGUUUGGACUGUACUCCAACGUCCUCAAAUCCGUCCUCGGAUAUGACCAGAGCACCCUCAACUUGGUCAGCUUCUUCAAGGACGUUGGUACCAACGUCGGCGUCCCAGCCGGCCUCAUCGCCGAGGUCACACCCACGUGGUUUGUUUUAUCACUGGGUGCAGUCAUGAACUUUUUUGGGUACUUAAUGAUAUGGCUGGCAGUGACCGAGAGAAUGGCAAAGCCCCACGUAUGGAUGAUGUGCUUGUACAUAUGUCUUGGGGCAAAUUCAACGGCUUUUGCCAACACUGGAGCACUCGUCACCUGCGUGAAGAACUUCCCAGAAAGCCGCGGGAUCGUGUUAGGGCUUCUAAAGGGAUACGUGGGCCUUAGUGGUGCUAUACUCACCCAACUCUACCAUGCUAUCUAUGGUAACGACUCAAAAUCAUUGAUUUUGCUAGUAGGAUGGCUUCCGGCCGCGAUAUCUUUCGCUUUUCUACGAACUAUAAGAACCAUGAAGUUCAAUCGGCUACAGAACGAGCUCCAAGUUUUCUAUAAUUUCUUAUAUAUAUCACUUGGCCUCGCUGGGUUUCUGACGAUCAUGAUUGUAGUACAGCAAAAGGCUACAUUAACGAAGAGCGAGUACAGUGGCAGUGCAGCUACGGCACUUUUCUUGCUCUUUCUUCCGCUUGCUGUCGUUAUCAUGGAGGAGCGUAAUCUUUGGAAGGGCAAGAAAUUAUCGGUCAAUAACUCUUCCAAGGCGCUGAAAAUAAUCACCGAGAAGCCGAGCAUGGAAACUAGUACUGAACUCUCCGUUCCCCGAGCCUGCUUUAGUACUCCAGAGACAAUCAAUUUGGCCCCUGAACGAGAUGCAAGAAAGCAAGUUUCAUGUUGGGGAACCAUAUUUACGCCGCCGGAUAGAGGGGAGGACUAUACCAUACUCCAAACACUCUGCAGCAUCGACAUGUUGAUACUAUUCUUUUCGGCAAUUUGUGGCGUUGGAGGCACCUUAACGGCCAUAGACAAUCUGGGACAGAUGGGAACGUCGCUCGGAUACCCAGCUCGCAGCAUAAGCACCUUUGUCUCUCUUGUAAGCAUAUGGAAUUAUCUUGGGCGGGUGGUGGCGGGUUUGGUCUCCGAAAUUCUUUUGAAAAAAUACAAAUUCCCACGCCCUCUCCUGCUCACUAUAGUCCUCCUAUUCGCAUGUGCUGGUCACCUUCUGAUUGCUUUUAAUCCUCCCGGCGGUCUCUAUGUGGCAUCCAUAAUAAUCGGGUUUACUUUCGGGGCACAAUGGCCGUUAAUUUUCGCAAUAAUUUCUGAAAUUUUUGGCCUUAAAUACUACUCGACUCUGUACAAUUUUGGGUCAGUGGCAAGCCCAAUUGGAUUAUAUAUACUCAACGUUAGGGUAACUGGACAUUUAUACGACAGGGAAGCUGAGAAGCAGCUGGCCGUUUUGGGACUCGAGAGGAAGCGAGGGGAGGCUUUAAACUGUACUGGGGUCGAUUGCUUCAAGCUGUCUUUCGUUAUAAUUACGGCAGUGACGUUGUUUGGCUCGCUUGUUUCCCUCGUAUUGGUGCUCAGGACUAGGAAGUUUUACAAGAGUGACAUUUACAAGAAGUUCCGGGAGGAGGUGCGAGCAACCGAGGAGGUGGCGAUGGCUGGAAAAUCCUUGGAUACCAAUGGUACUGGCCAGAACCGUUGACUUUAGACAACAUACGAAAGUAAAAAAGAUCUUAGAAAGAAGAGACAGA